AUGAGAAAAUUGGGCAACGGGCAGUCUGUCGUCUUUGGCGUUCCAGGGGAGGUCAAAUCCAAUAUCCUGGCCUUGAGUGGCAAGGACAAGAAUUCUGAAAUCAAUGUCUCCGGCGUGCUUCUCUGGGCCAUUUCCGAGACUUGGAUUGACAGCCGACAAAAUAUUUCCCUUCGGGCGGUCCAGGGUACUCGAUUCGAGUGCCAACGGGAAUUGUGCCCGAAUCUGAGGGUGAUUUGGAAGCACUGCCGCAAGUUUGAAGGUCUCGACACUUUGUCCUCCCUUCAAGAGGAACAGGAUCGCGAGCUCGCACCAGAGGUUGAAAGCGAGCGCCAGAUUCAGAGGCCUUCAAGGGCUACACCCGAAACACACCAUAUCUAUUCACAUAUAUCUUCAUUUGUCACCACAGGCAUUCUUGUGAGGCCUUCCGAGGCCUAUGAGCCAGCAUACCUCUCGCUGUGCAAUACCUCCGCCGCCUGCUUUCUGGACGUAUCUCAAUUCCCAUCCAGUCUACUGGCUUCCAACGGCUUUGUUAGGACCAUCAAGACUCCCCCGGGCUCACACUUUGUUGCUGAUGCUUUCCAACGUCCUGUCAGAUGGGUCCUGACAAGUCGAAACCGUGUUGUUGAUGACGGAACACCCCAGUUGCGCAUGAUGAUCAUUAGCCCUUACGAGGCCAAUGAUUUCAUGUUCAAGAUACGAGAAUCACGUACUUACCUAUACACGGUCCCAGACGAUGUUGCCGAAAACGAAAUACCUGAUAUACUCCGUAUGCUGCUCAACCUGUUUUCUAAGCAGCUGUAUCUUGAAUCAUAUUCUGAGUACAAGGACCUUUGUGAAUUUUUGAGAGUGGCAUCUGUGAAAACGCCGCCCGGUCUUGUUGUUGCCGCGGAUGGAUUCAUCAAACGACGUUUCCCGGAAGCGAGGAAAGGCUUCAGUCAGAGCGCGCUCAAAUCCCUUGAGAUUCUCAUGUGA